CGAUGUUUGGUAGGUCUGAGAUACCGGAAAUCUAGUCCAGAUUUGAUACAUCCAAGUGUAGCUUUUUUUGAUCUAGACCUAGUCAAGUGUGUUCUAGAUAUUUAAAAUGAAAAACAGUGGAAUCGCCCUUACUUGCUCUCAUAAAAUGAAAUAAAGUUUUCACAAAUUUGAACCUCGGCUUCAGACAGGUUUUUAACUACAAUGUCGAAACCCCUUUCACGGCAGUAAGAGGCGCAGUAGACGGAGAACCGGUUGCUCAGUUUUACUCAAGUUUCCGUUAACUUUCAUCGUUUAGCGACGCAAGUGCUAAACCCCAUCUAACUGUCGACAGGUAGAAAUGACUGUGCACAGUCGUCGCUUUGACGUCUUGGCGGUGUGUGCACGACACCGGUAGCCGCUCGAUUAUCAAAUUUAAAGUAACAGACAGCCGGAGGGGGGGAAGGCGGGAAGGAGGGAAGGAGGUGCCCUCAGUGGAGCGCUAAGCUAACAGGCUAACACGCGGCCAGGGAAAGGUUUGUGAAUCUGGGCCUUCAGCCUUCAUCCGAUCACAAAAACCCAACCCAAAACCCAAAAAAUAGACGCUGCCCCCAGUCCCAUGCCCUCGGCGCGGAUGGGAAAUAGCUAGCCGGUGGAGCCGAAGCGGUAACCAGCCAGCAGCCCUGUUAAACAUGGAGGAUGAGGAGGUUGCAGAGAGCUGGGAAGAGGCAGCGGACAGCGGGGAAAUAGAGAGAAGGCUUGAGGCUAAACUGAAAAUAAAUCAGGAGGCAAAGAAAUCCAGUUUUGGUUCAGGUGUUUCACCUGUGCAAACUGCUAUGGUAAUCCAGGAUGACUCUCUACCAGCCGCACCCCCACCACAAAUUCGAAUUUUAAAGCGUCCUUCAAAUAACGGUACCACAGGAAACCCUGCAUCCUCGUCUCGUCCCUCUCAGCAGAUGAAAUCACUGGCCCAGAGGGAGGCAGAGUAUGCAGAAGCAAGGAGAAGGAUUUUGGGUAGUGCUUCUUCCGAUGAAACGCCUCAGGACAAUCCCUGCCAGGACAGGACAAUUCGUGUGAACCAACCAUCAGAACCAGUUCGUCCAAACAAUCAUGUGAUCCGUCAGCCCACAGGCCCAGAUGGCACCACAGGCUUUCGACUCUGCAGAUAAAGUGGGGCUGCCUGCUGCAAGGAAACCAGCUGUCUCCCUGAGAGGCCAUGAAGGGUGGCAGUUAAAGGGGUUGUGUGUGGUAUGAGGAGCAGAGUGGUGGGAUGAAAUAAAAUUUGACAGACAUUAGAAAUAUGAAGACGUAGCACGGAUUGUGACGAACUUCUCCACCCUCUCUCUACUCUGCUUACUGGCAUGGUCUUUGCCUUUCGCCUUGUCUUUUCCCUCUGUGGAACGUUGCAAGGGGCUGGCAGAUAACAGCCAAAGAUCUGAAACCCUUUCUGUUCCACACUGUGAACAGGCUUUUGCCUCACCUCCCUACACACUGUGAUACUAUGAUGUACGGUGAGGUGCCCUAUGAUUUUAAGUCUGAUUGGCCGACCGAGCGCCAGGGCAUCAGGUAUCUGUCUCUUCAGGGAGAUUAAAGAGAGCUUGUGAAUCUGUGGGAAUUCCCAGGAGACGGGUGAACGAACGAGCUGGCCUUUCCACUGAUGGACCGUGGAUCAUGGCUGGGUGUCCACCGGGAAACUGGCCUCAGUUCGUUGGGUUCAGUGGAAAUUAAGUGCUUGACAGUGCCGAGAUUUUACAGUGUGUUCAGCAGCUUGAGUGCAAGGUGAUAGAAAGUGAUUCAGCCCUUUGAGUAGAAGUGCCCCGUGCUCAAAAGUGUGUUUUAAUACUGUAGUGGCCCAGACCAGCACUGUCCACAGUCCACAGGCCUCUGUUUGGCAGUGGUGGUUAUUAAAGAAAUGCCCGGUGGGGACACAGCUUGUGGCCAAAGAUUUUAGUGCAGAGGGACAGAGUGUCGCUAAAUCUGAGUUUAUUCAAGCAAUAAUAAUGAAAUUAUUCCCUGGAUUUUAUUUUAUUUUUUUUUUUUUUGGACUAAUUACCUGUACUGCGUUUUUGUGUUGAACAGUUGACAUUUUUUUUCAUGUUUGUGUUUUGUUUUUUUUUUCCUUGUUUUUCUGAGACAUAGUAUGUUUAAGUCUGGAGAUCAGUAGUGUGGAACAGAAUAGAUUAUGUAGUCUGCAUAGGAAACUUUACUGGUAGUGUCAUAUUAAAGUUCAUCAAAUUGGAAAAAGUCGGACCUAUCUAUUAAUUGAAAAUCUGAAGCAAUCAAGCACCAGUGUCCCUGUUUGUGUUGUGUAACUUCUUCUAAUUGGCAUAGCUAGAUUGGAACUUCUCUUAUAGCCAAAUGCAAUUCAUCUGUCUAGCAAAGAGGACUUUGGUCUGUUUUUGCACCGGUUGCAGUAUGUUGACUGAUUAUGUGCUAUUAAAGUGAUGGUUUUUAAUUGUUCAGAAAUAACAGUUUAUGCCCAGUGUGGAGGAGGGAAUAAUCACAUGCUUCCUUUUGGCAAAUAUUCUGUCAGGGUCAGGGGUAUGUUUGAUUUUAACUCUGAAAAUGAUGUAAAAAUAGAAAUCUCACCUUUUAAUCAGUGUCCUUUAAAAUGAAGCCAGAUUCAACUGCCAGGUUUUGAUGAGUCUUCUGUGGUGUGUCUGUGUGUGUUGUUGUUUUUUUUUUCCCCCCUCCCCUCUCCACACUAGGGUUUUACAGCAUUGUCUGCUUGAUUUGCAAGCAACUGAAGAUAAGUUUGCAAACCAUGAAAUCAAUCAUGUAAUCAAAUACUGACUAGCCACUCGUAGUGACCGAGUUAUAGAGAGCUUCACAAUAAAUGACCCUGCAGCAAAUGUUGAACCUUUUGACACUUUGCCUUAAAAAACAAUUAUUCCUGGUUACACUCUAAAGUGGGUAGUGCUGGUUUAUCUUGCAUUUGGUGCACAUGUAAAUUGAUUGGAAAUAUUCAAUAGGAUUGAAACUAUGAUUAACAGUUAAUUAAACAUCUUGCUUCUACACAGCAGGGAGACAAUGUGCCAUAGAGCAAACUCAUCAAUAUGGCUACAUCUGCUGCAUUUGUUCCACCUAUUCAACCUCACUACCUGCCAAAGAGUGAGAAACUUAAGGUCAGAGGAGUGCAUCAUUUGCUAAUGAUUUCUGUGAAUUUAAGUUGCAGUAGAACUGAAGUUUUUUUUGCUGUUUGAGGACGGAAAGCUACGAAGUUGUCUGCAGUUCUAAUAUCUCAGUAUUUUUGUUUCAUGAGAUAAUACACACUAUUAGGAGGAGUGACAUGCAAGGUUGUAACAUCAUUGAUAUAUAUUCAUGCUCUAAAUACACUGCUCCCAGGGAUGGGAUUCAGUUAUUAAAAUGCAAGGGAUUAGUAAUCAUUUUAAAUUGAUAAUUAAAAGCAAAUAACAAUUGGGUACUUGUUUGAUUUACCCUUGAUGCUUAGUUUAAGUCAUUCACAGCCACCUGUUGUGUUUAAGGCUGAUUUGAUGUCAUUGUUAUUUUGAAAACUUGAAAAACACAGAUGAAAUUUGAAUACCCUUUAAUAAACACACUUCAAAAAUG